AUGGUACCUAUAAACGAUGAAGAAAAUAAAGAGGAAGAAAUUAAGGAUACUGUUCCUGGUAAUGAGAAAAAUGACCAUCAUUAUAAAGAUACAAAACAAUAUGUGUUCACAACACAAAGUCCAAAUGGCACGCAGUCUGAAAUAUCUGUGAGAGCAACAACUGAUCUGAAGUUUUCUCUAAGAAACUAAUCAACCCAGGGUCCAAAUGAGCCUGCAUUUUGGACAAUGUUAGCUAAAGCUUUAAAUGAAACAACGGAGAAUGAAGAAGCAAAAGAUCAACUAUUUCAACCAAUUCCAAGCUCUGAUUUGAAUGCUACAAAUGAAGAGAAAGAGGUGGGGCCACAGGACAUCAAGUUAAAAUUAAUGCUGGGCAUUUCACUGAUGACCCUCUGCCUUUUCGUCAUCCUCUUGGCAGUAUCUAGUUCCCUGCUGUAUAAGCUGAAAACAAGUUUUAUAAAGAAACAGGAACGUGAAUACACCGUCAACCCAGAGCUGGCAGCCCUGUCUUAUUUUCACCCAGCAGAAGGUGUAUCAGACACAUCUUUUUCUAAGAGUGCUGGAAGCAGCACGUAUUUGGAUACAAAGUCAAAAUCUAAAACAACGGACAUGAUUUCCACAGCCUCAGAUGAAGAUGAAUGA